AUGGGGCGAUUUUUUCGACUUUCCCCCAAAGCCAAAGACAAUAUAACCACAUUCUUCCUUUUCCAACACGCAUCAAGGUAUUUUACCGGAAAUAAAAAUAUACUUAGAAAAAUGGAUGGAAGGAUGAACCGCACCACCUACCACCGCCGCCGCGGGAGCCGCCCUGCGUCUUCGCUCUUCGCCAACCAUGCCUAUUGUAAACCUUUCGAUGCGAGGAUAGAUGUCGCGUACAGCACGAUGCCGUCGUUCCUAGUUAAUAAAUUUUUGUACCCUUGGGUUUCGGCUCCUUCACUUGGCUUCACUGAGUUUACGCACCCUAGACCGUAUCCACGUAACCUCUUUAUCGAUAGUCGAUAG